UGAAAAGCGAUUUCUGAUCAUGUGAUUGUUUACAUGGAAAAUGGCCGCCACGGGAGAAGAGGCAGCUGCGAUGGAUAGCAUAUCCACAGCCCCGAUUCCUCCAUCUGCAUUGAAUUUAAAAACGGAUCCAGAUUCUCGUUCAGAAAAUGCAAACGUUGAAGGUGUCACUGAAAAUCAGCCUCCUGUCUCCAAAAAGAGCAGCAGCAACAAUGAUGGGAGUGUGGAAACUGCAGAGGAAGCUGUGGAACCAGCAGAGCCUGACAUCGACGAGCUCUGCACAGAUAUGUUUGAUAAAAUGGCCGUCUUUCUACAAGGCGAGCUAACAGCUACCUGUGAGGAUUACAAACUCUUGGAAAACAUGAACAAACUCACCAGCUUGAAGUACAUGGAGAUGAAAGACAUAUCGAUAAACAUCAGCCGCAACCUGCAGGAUCUCAAUCAGAAAUAUGCCAGCUUGCAACCCUAUCUCGACCAGAUCAACCAGAUCGAGGAACAAGUGACGGCGCUUGAACAGGCAGCCUACAAAAUGGACACCUACUCCAAAAAGCUAGAGGCAAAGUUCAAAAAGCUGGAGAAGCGUUGAGAAGAGGAUGGAGGAUGAGGAAGAGGAUGCUCUGUUGGACUAUGAGAACCCCUGAGCGAGUGUAUGGUGGGGUCUGUUGCUGUCAGCCUGCUUCUAGAUUUAGGGACAUUGGUUUGCCGUGGGAAUUGCUCUCCCUCCCUCCCUCUCUCUCUGACAUUAAUGCACUCUGUCUGAAUGCCCGAACAAUGAGGAGUGUGGGAUGAAACCUAUAUCAUGAUUCCCAUAUCAGUCCUCUGAUUCUGCACCCACAACUACCCUUAUGGAAGGAGACGUCCUUGGUGGAAAAGAUUACUCAAGGAGAGCAUGCAGAAUAUGCUGCAUCUCGUCAAGGAAGUGAAAUGUAGCUUAAGUAUCUUCCAACUGUGUCAUUCAUUUUGUUAUAGUUGGAUAUGCAUUCCACAAAAUCACUUGAGUUAUGCAAGAAAAUAUGUUGUGUUUCUUGACAUGCGUGUCCUGAGAAAAUCGGCAGUGUCUCUUUAACAGCUUUGAAUUCGUUGAUGUAUUCCUGCUCCAAAGGUUGUAUUGAUCCAGCCUGCAUGAACGCACAUCCCCUCCUGAGCUUGUUUGGAUCACCACUGCUCAUUUAUACUGGGUACAAAGCCCCACCUAAAUUAGAAGUUUCAAAAAUGUGGUAUAUUAAAGCAUGUCAAGCCCCUGGAACAGCUGGUUCCAGGGGCUUGACAUGCUUUAAUAUACCACAUUUUUCACAGAUGCUCGCGUGCUAACCAAGAUGAUCGCGUGCUAACCAAGAUGAUCGCGUGCUAACCAAGAUGAUCGCGUGCUAACCAAGAUGAUCGCGUGCUAACCAAGAUGAUCGCGUGCUAACCAAGAUGAUCGCGUGCUAACCAAGAUGAUCGCGUGCUAACCAAGAUGAUAGCGUGCUAACCAAGAUGAUAGCUGCGUCUGGAGGGAGGCCCACCUUAAAGUAAAUUUCCUGGCCCUCAUGUACCUCUCUUCUGUUUUGCUCGUUGGUUAGUGAUUUCAAAAUCUGCUGAUGUUGGAAGUAUGUAAGAACCCUAACCCUAACCUACCGGUACCAAAUGUUGAUCUGGUGUGUUGACGCCGGGCCUAAACGGUUUUGUUUUCUA